AAGAUGGCGUGAACAUGUGUUCACACGUAGCUCGGAGGGCUCGGAGGAAAUUUGACGGUUGGCUGGGGAGUGGGGAUAGAGAGCCACUUAUCCUUAUCUAAAAAGAAGAAGACGGGUGACUGUCAAAAAGCGAGGUUUCGCUCUCUCUUCCGCGAUUAGGAGUACGAUUUUUUAACGUAAUCCUCGAAUAGCUUGUAAUAUCAUGGCGACUUGUGACGAGUACAUCCGUAGCCAAUUCCCAAUGAUAGAUGAUGAUCUAUAUCAAUACGUGAAAGGUAUCCUGGAUAGUUCAAAAGAUGAUUUCGAGGACGGCGACGAGGUAUACGAAGCGAUUGGGCAAGUACUGCACGAGGUGGCGGACAAAUCUGAAAACGAGGCAAAUAUGUGUGAGAUUACUGGAGAUGUUGAAAGGUACUUCAAAUGACGAUGACAUAGAUAAGAGGAAAAACGGUGUCAAUAAAGUAUUAAAUGCUCCAGUACAUUUGGGUGCUCUGGCUGCCACUCUCGAGGCACAAGUCGAACAGAUUAAGAGUAUAUGGGUCACUACUAGAGAUGACGCAAUGAAAGUAGAUGCUAAGAAAUUAGAAAAAGCCGAGGCCAAAUUGCAACAGAAGCAAGAAAAACGUAUUGUAAAUGAACAGGGAUCAGCAUCCCGUGUAAACACUGCCAAUAACACGGCUGAAAGCACCGCUAGUGCCAGUCAAGUGAUGAGUAAAAAGGAUAGCCGUAUGGAGACUAAAAGCGGAGGAAACAAAACCCAGGAUAUUAGAAUAGAAAACUUCGACGUCGCUUACGGUGAUAGAGUACUGUUGCACGGUGCUGACUUGACGCUCGUCUUCGGCAGGCGGUACGGUUUGAUAGGAAGGAAUGGACUCGGCAAGACCACCUUACUUCGUAUGAUAUCCAGCAACCAGCUGAGAAUACCAUCGCACGUGCGCGUAUUACACGUUGAGCAAGAGGUUGAUGGUGAUGAUACAUCCGCACUCGAAUCAGUUUUGGAAUGUGAUCAAGAACGGAGUACGUUACUCAGUCAGGAAGCAAAAUUACAAGCGGCGAUCGAGAAGGAUGGUUCCAAGACAAACGACGCGCUAGGUGAGGAAUUGACUCGAGUGUACGAGGCGAUGCAGCUAGCCGAAGUCGACAAAGCACCGGCCAGAGCGAGCGCGAUUUUAUCAGGACUCGGGUUCUCGGUAGAACGGCAAUCCUGGCCGACUAAAGCGUUCUCCGGUGGUUGGCGAAUGAGACUCGCUCUCGCGAGAGCACUGUUCUCCACACCAGAUUUGUUGUUGCUCGACGAACCGACGAACAUGCUGGACAUCAAGGCGAUAUUCUGGUUGGAGAAGUAUCUACAAACGUGGCCAAAAACGUUACUUGUAGUUUCACACGAUCGAAAAUUCUUAGACACGGUACCCACGGAUAUUUUAUACUUACGUGGACAGAAAAUAGAGCCGUAUCGUGGCAAUUACGAGCAAUUUGUGAAAACAAAAGGGGAACGCGAGAAAAAUCAACAACGAGAAUACGAGGCUCAACAGGCAAAGAGAGCGCACGUACAGGAAUUUAUCGACAAGUUCCGGUACAACGCGAAUCGCGCGCCCAGUGUACAAAGCAGGAUAAAGAUGUUGGAGAAACUACCUGAUUUGAAACCAGUAGAAAAGGAAAGCGAAGUAACUCUCAAAUUUCCUGAUGUCGAGCCGCUGAGCCCACCAAUAUUGCAACUCGAUGAGGUUUCCUUCAGUUACAACGGAGGUGCUGACGUGGUGUUUAGCAACGUCAAUCUUACUGCCAAUCUGCAAUCGCGCAUUUGUAUCGUUGGAGAGAACGGGACAGGCAAGACAACUCUGCUGAAGAUUAUCACGGGUGCACUGAGUCCGACGCGAGGCACGGUGCAUGUGCACCGCAAUCUCAAAUUCGGAUACUUUAGUCAGCAUCACGUCGAUCAAUUAGAUAUGCGUGUCUGCCCCGUCGAAUUGUUACAAAGCCAUUUUCCCGGCAAACCGAUCGAGGAGUACAGGCGUAUGCUCGGAAGUUUCGGGAUAAGCGGCAAUCUAUCUUUGCAAAGUAUAAACUCUCUUUCUGGAGGACAAAAAUCUAGGGUAGCAUUCGCCUUAAUGUGCGCCGCGAUGCCCAACUUUUUAGUGCUUGAUGAACCCACUAAUCAUCUCGAUAUCGAAUCGAUCGAAGCGUUGGGUAAAGCUCUCAAAAACUGCCAAGCUGGUGUAAUACUGGUGUCACAUGACGAACGUUUAAUCCGAAUGGUUUGUACAGAAUUGUGGGUUUGCGGAGAAGGCUCCGUUCGUUGUAUCGAAGAAGGCUUUGAUGAAUAUCGUAGGAUCAUCGAAAGAGAGCUUGAAUUAUAAUAAAUUAAAUUUUAUUUAAUGUGAUAUUACGGCCAUCAUACGUUGUCUUCGAAUAAUACAUCAUCGUUGUGAAAGUUUUAGAGAAGGAUCGUCACUUCAAUUGAGAGAUUGUACAUCGCGAUUUAUAUUAUUUUAUUAUAAUAUUUACUCUUUUCGAAACGUUUCAUUCCGCCAAAGGUGUCUUAUUUAUUUCGUAGAUGCUUUUUCGUGAAACAAGUCAAAUGUAAUAUUUAAUUUACAGUCUCUUUUUAUUUAUCUAUUUGAUAAAAACAUCUUUCUCUUUUUUUCUUUUCAUAAUUACAGAAUGCAAAUUUUCAUCUAUAAAGAAAUAUAUCAUAAAUCAGUUAUCUUCCGUGAACGCAUUGAAUCAUAACAUGUUAUUCGACUGUGACACGCAAUCGAAUUUGGAAAUUUUCAUAUUUAAUAUCACGCUAGAAAAAAUAAAAAUAUUAUUGUUAGA